AGUCGAGCUGUCAGAUUGCGUCGUGAAACAUCUAACGGAACGAGCGGCGGCUGUGUGAAUACAUCGGCCAGUUCGUAUUGUCUUUGUCCCUUUUCUACAUUCUCUACCAGCCAUGUCGGAAGGAGCACAUCAGAACCAUCCCCACUACAGAAGUGAUCCCGAUGUGGAGCUUGCUCACAAAGUGCGACAUUUGUCGACGGCUAGAAGUUUAUCGGUGAGCAGCGACAAAUCUCUGCCGAACACGCCGCCUCCUCACGCUCUUGUCUCCGCCGCCGCCACCGGUAAGCACAACGGCGGCCUGUUCAUGGGCCCGCAAGCCUUCAGCGUCAGCGAAGCCGAAGAGCGUAGUGAUGAGGAAGUGAUGGAAGACUUGUCCAAGGCCUACAAAAAUAUUCUCAGUGGACUGGGGGAGGACCCAGGUCGACAAGGGCUGUUAAGAACACCCGAGAGAGCGGCUAAAGCCAUGAUGUUUUUCACAAAGGGCUACAAAGAAAGAAUAGAAGAUAUUCUGAAUGAUGCGGUAUUUGAUGAAGACCAUGAUGAGAUGGUGAUAGUUAAAGAUAUAGACAUGUUUUCAUUAUGUGAACACCAUUUAGUUCCAUUUAUAGGAAAGGUCUCGAUAGGAUAUCUACCAAAUAAGAGAAUUUUGGGACUAAGUAAGCUAGCUAGAGUCGUGGAGGUAUUCAGUAGAAGGCUUCAAGUGCAAGAAAGGUUGACUAAACAGGUAGCAGUGGCAAUCUUAGAGGCCAUCCAACCCAAUGGUGUAGCAGUUGUAGUAGAAGCAAGUCACAUGUGUAUGAUGAUGAGAGGGGUACAGAAGCUAAACAGUAAGACAGUGACUAGCACAAUGCUGGGGGUCUUCAGGGAGGACCCUAAAACGAGGGAAGAGUUUCUUAGCCUGAUCAACCACAACAAAACCUAACUGAUCAGUCACAACACAAUCUGACCAAUCAACCACAAAUAAAAUUUGACUGAUCAAGCAAAGCAAAAAAAUCUGAAUGGUUAGUCACAAGAAAAUCUAAAAAAAUCAGUCACAACAAAACCUGACUAAUCAAACACAAGAAAAUUUAAAUGAUCAACCACAAGAAAACUUAACUGAUGAACUACAACAAAAUUUGACUGAUCAGCCACAACACAAUAUAAUUGAUCAACCACAAGAAAACUGAUCAGUGACACAGUAUAAUUGAUCUACCACAGCAAAACUGAUCAGCCACACAAUAUAAUUGAUCAACCACAGCAAAACUUAACUGAUCAACCACAACAAACAGUCACUCAUAGCCAAAUCAUACAUUUCUACUUUUGGCUAGUAAAUUAUCAGGAACAGACAUGCGCUAAUUGAUGGCGAUUCAACCUAAACAAGCAGUCAGACCAGCCAAAAUAAUCAUAACACAUAUUAGAACAACUCACGGUAAACAUGAACUAUGAUGAAGGCCAAAAUAAACAGAAUGUCACUGCGGUAAAUGCCCAAAUAACCAGUCAUGUUAAAUAUUAGCCAUUUCUGGGAAACAAGAAGAAAUUAACAUGCUCCAAUGGGCCAGUUACCCAGUGCUAACAUACAUGUCAGGUACAAUCUGACAACCAUGUCAAUCAGUGCUCAAGAUUUAAGUUGGGCUCAUGUGGUGCCUGGAAUCAUAAACAGCUUAAAAGUGAUCAGAGGUCGCCAGCUUUGUAGAAAUAGGAUUUAUUCACAAAGCAGUACAACACUGCAUUUAUUUGUGAAUUCUGUUUGUUCGAAAGAUUGCAUAAAUGUGAAUAGUGCAUGCGAAUAAGUUGUUUCAAAAGUUAGAAGAGGUUUCUCAUGAUGAUAUCCAUGAUAAUGGUGAACAUCAUACUAUGCCCCAGUCAUCAUGCACAGCUGGGGACAUUUCUAGUACCAAUGUACAAAACAUGUUGACAACCAGCACUUAGCUAUGUGUAGUAAACAGGCACUCAGUGGAUGAAUAUUGGCUAUGAGUGUCGGCGUCCGCAUUCAGCAUAUGAACACGUGAUCAUUCACACACGCAGACACUCAACAAAUAAGUAUUGGGGACUGUCGUGGUGGCGGCACUCAACAAGUGAUCACUGGGUGGUGCUUUUAUCGAGGUAUUAUACCUUAAGAUUGUACACCAUUCCUAUAAUACAGAGUACACAGUUAUUUAUUAAUAUACCUUAGAGUUGAGAUUGUUUUUGGUGAAAUAUGAAUUAGAUGUAUGUAUAUGUUUAAUAUUUGUUGUUUUAUGAAUUGUUCAAAAAAAAAAAAACGUUCUACAAGAGAAAUUUAUAUACAUAUCCUGUUUACAAUUUUUUGUUGUUUUCUGUUCAAAUGUCAUAUAAAAAUAAUUCAGAUUUGCAGAAAUGCAGUCGUAUAUUGUUCUUUGAGACUUUUUGGUGCCAAUGUUCCAAAUUCUGUAAAGCUGAUCCCCAUUUGUUUUUAAGAUAUGUUUGGCCUGAAAAUAUACCGAAUAAAAUUUAGAUUACUAUGUAACACAUUUUGUCAUCAUUUAAGGCCAAAAUAUAAUACAUGUAUUUAUAUGUUCUUCAGUAUGAAGACAUGCACGUCAGUUCAUAAUUACAGUUAUAGUGCGUGUAACUUAUUUUCUGUUUCCCGUUAAAUUCAUAAUAUGAAAUUCUGUCAUAGGCUUAAGCAAGGACUGAACCAUUCUUAUCCCCAAAAAUGGCAAACGGGCAAUUCACAUACUCUGACUUAAACGGCUUUCAUACAUUGUUC